UUACCCUCAAUUGGUCCUGCCUUAAAUCACAUGAUUUAUUCUUAUUUCUUACACAAAACACAGAUAUAUAAAUUAAAACAACCAAACAAACAACAAAACCAAUUAAACCCACUGCUUUUUAUUUUCCCUCUAUUCAUUCAUUUCUCCCACAUUAGGCGCCAUGGAUGCCGCCUCUCACCUCCAUGGCCUUACCAAAACCAUCUUCUUUACAUUCUUAUUCGUGUCUUCUGCAUUCGCGUCUAUCAACCAACCCAUCAUCAACUCUAAUUCUAUCCUGGUAGCCUUACUCGACUCGUCCUACACUGAGUUGGCCGAGUUGGUGGAGAAGGCACUCUUGUUACAAUCUUUGGAAGAUUUGGUAGGGAAGACUAACCUCACCAUCUUCGCUCCGAAAAAUGAGGCUCUGGAACGAGACUUGAACCCUGAGUUCAAGCAGUUCUUGCUUGAGCCUAGAAACUUAAAGUCUCUCCAGAGCCUCAUUCUUCAUCACAUUGUCCCUUCCCGAGUCGACUUAACUAAACGAAUUGAGUCGACUUGGAAGAGGGCAUUGUCCAACCACCACCUCCGCCUCUCCUUGAGGAACAAGAGAAUGUUGGUUGAGGAGUCGGUGGAGGUAGUGGAUAGAAAUUCGAUCGUAAGACCGGAUGGCCUAAUCCACGGGAUCGAUAAGCUACUCAUACCAUAUACGGUUCUUGAGAACUUCAAUCGCCGUCGUGAACUCCGCUCUAUAUCUGCAGUGCUGCCGACAGGCGCACCGACGGUGGAUUCUAGAAAUAAGAAAAAACAAUCAAAGAUGGGACCAGCUGGUGCCCCGCCAGCUGUUCCCAUCUUUGAAGCGCUAGCACCGGGACCUUCACUAGCCCCGGCACCAGCGCCAGGACCUGGCGGGCCCCAGCACCACUUCGAUGGGGCUACCCAGGUCAAUGACUUCAUCACUACCCUCGUCCACUACGGUGGAUACAACGAGCUCGCCGACAUCCUAGUCAACCUCACAUCCCUAGCCACCGAGAUGGGGAGACUAGUCUCAGAGGGAUAUGUAAUUACAGUUUUAGCCCCGAAUGACGAGGCAAUGGGGAGGUUGACGGCGGACCAGCUUAGUGAGCCAGGAGCACCUGAGCAAAUAAUGUAUUACCAUAUUAUACCGGAGUACCAAACGGAAGAGAGUAUGUACAGCUCAGUGAGGCGUUUUGGUAAAGUCAGCUAUGAAACGUUGCGUUUGCCUCACAAGGUGGCGGCAGAGGAGGCUGAUGGGUCUGUCCGGUUCGGUCAAGGUGACGGCUCUGCUUAUUUGUUUGACCCGGAUAUCUACACCGACGGCCGAAUAUCAGUUCAAGGGAUCGACGGCGUUUUAUUUCCGGCGGAGGAGGUUAAGUCUCCGGCUACUGUGAAAAAGGUUGUCGCCAAGCAAAGAAGAGGGAAAUUGCUGGAAGUAGCAUGUACAUUAGCUGCAACACUUGGACAAGAUUCACAAUUUGCGUCCUGCAGUCAAUGAAUAUAAUUUCAAAUUCAAAAAAAAAUGAAAAAGAAAGAAAAAAAAAGGAGCACAAGAACAUUGUUAGCAAUGUAGAAUUUUGUAGGUUCAAGAAAGAAAAUUUCAGCGGAUUUUAUUUUAGUUUGGAAAACCAAGUUUUCCAGCUUAAUUAAGAAUCUACCUCGGAUUCUUAAUACUUGUUAGGAGAGUUUUUGUUUGGUGGGAUGUUUAGCUUGUUGGUAAACCCUUUUUGUAAUUAGAAACCCAAUUCUUUGAUUUCUUUUACGUUUGAUUUGGGCGUUGGAAAGCUGUUACUGAUGAUUUUUCAAGGCCCUAGGACAUAAAUAAUCUUGUUGAUUGUUCAUCCAUUUUGUGAUGUGAAUGAAACAUAUACUCCUGUAUA